AUGAGCGAAUUCGACAAACAAUUUAAAGCAUAUAAAGCAGAUUUUGAUAAAAUUACUAAGCGAAUUGUACAAAAUAUACCGUUAUCUUCGAAUGCGAAAAAAUCAAACGAAUACAAAUAUUCGCUCAUUACAGCCUACAAUAAUAUUUUACUGCUAGUUAUUGGCAAUAGUUCGGCUCAUACCCGUGAUCACAAGGAAGUGCAGGGUAAAUUAGCCCGUUGCAAGCUCGAAGGCAAAGCACGUGAAGCAAUUCCAACCGAAGUUAACUCUGUUAGACAAAUAAAAGAUGCGUUGAGAAACAGAAUAAAACCAGACAACUCGAAAGUUGUAGCUGGGAAAAUUGCAUCUUUACAUGUCACAAGUAACAAUUAUACGGAAUUUGCUAAGCGUGUCGAGGGGCUUUCGGACGCAUUAGAGCGUUCUUUGAUCAUUGAAGGUAUGACACAAUCGAAGGCCCAUGAAAUGGCAGUCGAGCAAACAGUUAACGUUUGUAGACUUAAUACUCGGUCGGAUUUGGUCAAAUCAAUUUUAUCGUCAACUACCUUCAGUGAUUCAAAAGAAGUAGUGGCAAAAAUGAUAGUCGAACAAAAUAAUCAAGUGAAAGAGCCUCAAGUGUACAAUAAUAACGCUAAUAACAGUAGGUACAGCAAUAACGGUUCAAGGCAUAACGGUAACAAUUUCAACAAUAAUAGUAAUCGGUCAUCAAACAACAACAAUCGAAACAAUAACAGUAAUAGACGUUCAAAUUCACGCAGUGAUGCUAAUGUGCGCGCUUUAAACGCCCACGCCCCUCAGGAGCGAACACUGUGGGCGGAAGAAAUGGACAACUAA